CCUUUUCAAUGUACUACUAGUCGCAAAAACUGAAGAGAGUCAAGCCAAAACCUAGUCAACCAUUUCUCACUCAAAUCUUUUCAAAAGAACAAAAGAAAAUGUCCAUCUUCAAUGGAGGUCAUCUCCCUCAAGAACUCUUAAUCAACAUCUUCUGCAGAUUACCUGCAAAAUCCAUAGGCCAAUUAAGGUGUGUAUCAAAUCCAUUAAAUUCUUUACUCUCUAAUAAACAAUUCCUCAAAGCUCACUUCACUAGUAAUAUCCACUUUCAAGAACCUCAAAAACACAUUCUUUUAUCAAAUUCCGGCUCUUUUCAAACUAUAACCUUCGAAAACAAUGGUGUUUUUUCAAAUUCCAUCAAUAUUAAGCUAACCCCAAGUGACCAAUUUGUUGAUAUUUGUGGAUCUUGUAAUGGGUUGGUCUUGAUUUUGAAUAAAGAUGACACUAAAGUUGUAAUAAACCCCAUAACCCUAGAUUUCAAGAAAAUCCCAAAUUCCCCUUUUGCUCUUGAUCCAAUUGGUAGUUUUAGUAUGUAUGGAUUUGGGUAUGAUUAUGUUAAUGAUGACUAUAAGAUUGUUGUGAUUUCUCGUUUUGACCAUGAUAAUGAAUAUGAGCCUGAUGUUUUAGACAUGUUUAUGGAUAUUUACUCAUUAAAAGUUGGAUCUUGGAAGAGGAUUAAGAGUUCACCUUAUGAUCAUGCUGUUCCUGAGCUUGCUUCUGGUGUUUUUGUGAAUGGUGCUUUGCAUUGGUUAGCUAGUAAAAAGCCAGAUUAUGUAUCUGUUAUUGGUGCUUUUGUGUUGAGUGAUGAGGAGUUUGUUGAAGUUGUAGCUCCUAGUAGUCUUGAUGAAGGUAAAUUUGUGUUCAAUAAACUUGUGGUGCUUAAAGGAUGUCUUUGUAUGGUUGUUGAUUAUCUAGAGGGUAAUGGUAAUAGAAUUGAUGUUUGGAUGAUGAAGGAGUAUGGUGUGGAGGAAUCUUGGACAAAGUUUUGUGUUGAUGGAAUUGAUUUUUAUGACUUUUUGAAACCUUUGUGUUUUAUAAGAGAUGAUGAAGUUGUGGUGAAUGUGGAUGGGGAGAAGUUGAUGGUGUAUAAUUUGGAAGAAGAGAGAUCAAGGGACUUGGAAGUUGAUGGAAUUCUUGAUAGGUUUGAUAGUAUUGGAACUUUUGUGGAGAGUUUGGUGUCUCCCAUCGACCCUAACUUGUUUGAAAUAUAAGCGGUAAAACAUCAUACGUUCUUUCCAUCUUAAUCAGAAGUUUCAUAUUUGAGUCUUCAGAAUGGAGUUUUUCUCAACAUGCAGUACUAAGAACUCCAUAAUAAACUUUCAACAAUAUAAAUCUGAAUUAGUUGAACCGAUGAUUUGUUGACAUUGAAUGCUACAAGGGGAAAGAAAGUUGUGUUUGGAUGUAUUUUUGAAUCAAUCUAGAUGUUUCAUAUUUUGUAUAUUGUACUACAUUAGUAACAUUUAAUAUUUUCUUUAUAUGUUUAAGAAAUUUUAGUGGUGUCAUCUACAAAUUUAUCACAAGGGGAAUAAUGUAUAUAUAGCAUGUUUUGCUUUGGAGUA